GCAAGUGGUGUUGCUAGUCACUUACAACGUUGAAACGUUGACAAGCUCAGAGCGAAGGCAAAGCCACUGCACGCUAGUACCCUUACUUUAUGAACAGUAUAAGAAAAGGCACUGCCCAGCGAUAAAGCCCUUUAUUUUUUUUUUUUUUUUUUUUUUUUUUUUUUUUUUUUUUACAAACACGAGAAGGAUAUUCGACUAAAUAAGCUGGGGAUUUAAAGCACCUGGACAGCGGUUCGGACAGCACAAACACAACUCGAGUCAAAAACCUUGGGAGACCGCCCAGAACUGCUGCUGCAGUUGUUGCACAUUUUGUGGGAUAUUGCCAACAUACAAUGCCCGCCGAUAUGAUGGAGAAAACGUCCUCUUCUCCAGUGGCUGCCACCCCGGCCAGCAUGAACAUGACCCCGGAUAAGCCCAAGACGGCCUCGGAGCACAGGAAGUCCUCCAAACCAAUUAUGGAGAAAAGACGGAGAGCGAGAAUCAACGAAAGCCUUGGGCAAUUAAAAACUCUCAUCUUGGACGCGCUUAAGAAAGAUAGUUCCAGGCAUUCCAAGUUGGAGAAGGCUGACAUCCUUGAAAUGACCGUGAAACACCUCAGAAACCUGCAAAGAGCACAGAUGACUGCUGCUUUAAACACGGAUCCCACAGUCCUGGGCAAGUACAGAGCUGGGUUCAGCGAAUGCAUGAACGAGGUGACACGGUUCCUCUCCACCUGUGAAGGAGUUAACACAGAAGUCAGGACCCGGCUCCUGGGGCACCUAGCCAGCUGCAUGACUCAGAUCAACGCCAUGAACUACCCGACACAGCCGCAGAUCCCCGCCGGACACCCACAUCCAGCCUUCGGCCAGCCCAUGGUACAAAUCCCCGGCGCGUCCCCACAGCCCAACGUCUUGCCCCUCAACGGGAUGCAGCGCAAAGCUGGCUCAGCGCUCAGCACACCCACAGACGCCACUAAACUGUAUGGCGGCUUCCAGCUUGUUCCAGCCACAGAUGGACAGUUUGCCUUCCUGAUCCCAAAUGCAGCAUUUGCACCAAGCGGACCCGUUAUCCCAGUUUAUUCCAAUAGCGUCACCACACCAGUGCCCGCUGCAAUCUCUCCAGGUGCGCCGGUCACCGCUGAUUCGGUUUGGAGGCCUUGGUAAAAACAAAAAAAGGAAAGAAGAAGAAAGUGUUUCUAAUGACCGUAUCAGAUAAAAAGAAAAAAAACACUUAAACAUUUCUUAUCUAAAAAAAAUCUGUUUUUGUUAAAGUUCAUAUUUUUUGUAUUAAAAUGUAAUAAAGGUGAAGAUAAUGCACUAUUUGUAUAUAUUUGACAAAAAAAGGUUCAUAUUGAAAUGAGUUUUGUAUUGUAAGUCAGUUUUUUUUAACUGCAUUUAUUUUAUAUUCGCGGUAUCUUGUUUUCUAUAUGCGAUGCCAAAGAUAUAUGUUGAAUGCUCUUAAACGUUUUCUUCCUUUUGGAAGGUUCAAAUAUAAUAAGAAUAAAAAUGAAAUAUGUA